AUGUGUUCCUGCAUCUCGCCUCGUCUUGCCUUGCCUCCUACCGGUGGAGCCGGCCUCUGCCGCCGCCGCCGCUGGCCAGAACCCUCCUACGAAGCCUACAACACACCUGCAGGGUACACCUGCGUCGUCCGGGUAAACAACCGCGAGUACCAGACCGACGCGGUAUACGGCAGCGAGACUUUGGCGCGCGAAAGCGCCGCCAUGCGCGCGUACCUCAUCUGCCGCAAUUUCUCGGUGAAUGACGGCAUGUAUCCUGUCGGUCAUGAUCAUGGCGGCGUCGUGCAGGGGAUUCCUGUUGCCAUUGGGACGGGGAGGAAGAGCAGUCGUGAUGAUUCAGAUACUUCUACUGAGGGGAAUGGUGUAGAGACAGAGAAUCUAUGGAGAUGGUGGUUGAAGAUGGUUGGAGAAGCCAUUCUUGCUCUGAACGUGAUGAUGGACUCAGCUUUGGUGCUUUAA